GAUAGCAACUUUGAAUUGGUAGGCUACAACAGCGAUUCACCUGGUCACCUGACAAGACUCCUCCUUCCACAGUGCUACUCAAGGCAGCGCUAGGCACAAAUCUUAGCACGUUCCGAUAGAGUGGUGUGUUUGUGGCUGCUAAGCAGAGGGGAUGGAGUCAAACCAAGCUCUUUGAAAAAUAAAAUCAGGGCUCUGUUUGCACCAUGUCUGGCUUCAAAUCAAUUAGUGAUGAGAGUGGCUGAUGCUCCGGGUGUGCGCUUCAGUGAGAGCGAAGGGUGACAGACAGUUAUAUCUUCUAGAUUCGACUGCUGGGCUUAAAAGUGCGAUCCUUUGGUUCAUCUGCGACUGAACUCAAGCCAGACCGAUGACUCCCGGAGAUUCCAAAACUAUCACCGACCUCAUGCAAGAUGUGCUUCGGACUGGCUGUGGUUUCUCCUCCUCAUCCUCCUUCUGAUGUUCAAUGGCAGACGAAAACCGCUCCCUUCUCCUUUCCUGUCAUCUUUUGAUCUCCGAGAGAUGGCUCUGAUCCACAGCUAAACAACAGGACAUCCCUCUCUGAUCUCCUCCCUCUCUGACCAUCUUCUCAUCACUGUCCCUCACCAUGGCCUGCUUGCUGGUAGCAGUGUUCCUCCUGGUUCUCCAGGCAUAUGCUGCCCCACCAGAUUUUGUUCAGAGUUUGGAUGUGGGCCCUGGACUCACAGCUAAUGACACUCUGUCUCCACCCCUGGGGACUAGUAAAUGUGCCCCCCACAGCAUCAUCAUUGGGGUGCGUAAAGGCGGCACACGAGCCCUGCUGGAAAUGCUAGACAUCCACCCUGAGGUCGCUGCCGCUGCCACAGAGGUGCACUUUUUCGACUGGGACGAGAACUACGCUAAGGGAUUUGACUGGUACCGUGAGCUGAUGCCAUAUUCCUACCCACACCAGAUCACAGUGGAGAAGACACCAGGCUACUUCACCUCUGCCUUGGCGCCAAAACGCAUCCGUGCCAUGAACUCCUCCAUCAAGCUGCUGCUGAUCUUGCGGGACCCAACUGAACGUGUCAUCUCAGACUACACCCAGGUCUACUUCAACCGCCUGGAGAACCACAAGCCAGUGCAGGCCAUUGAGAACCUGCUGGUGCGCAGCGGAGCCCUCAAUACCCGCUAUAAGGCCAUCCAGCGGAGCCUCUACGACAUGCACAUGAGCAACUGGUUGCGCUAUUUCCCCCUAGAGCAGAUCCACAUCGUGGAUGGGGAUACUUUGAUCCGGGACCCGUUGCCUGAGCUACAGAAGGUGGAGCGUUUUCUCAACCUGCCCCCCAGGAUAAUGUCCUCCAACUUCUACUUCAACCAGACCAAGGGGUUCUACUGCAUCCGGAGUGAAGGGCGAGAGCGCUGCCUGCACGAGUCCAAAGGGCGUCCCCACCCUGCCGUCAACGGUACCGUGCUGCAGCAGCUACGCUCCUACCUCCGGGAGCACAACCAUAACUUCUACCGGCUGGUGAAGCGCUCCUUUGACUGGCAGUAAGGCAGUUCACCCCUCUACCUAUGAGGACUAGUUCCCCCUGGCCCACAUAUGACUGUUCAAGGACUGACUGACCAGUGUUAUAGGGGGAGAAGCACUUUACGAACUCUAACACCCCUGUCAAUCGCCUUUUACUCUGCUCUGGUGUCAGCAGAGCAGUUCCACAUUUACGAAGCAAGAAGUUACAAACUAACAUGGAAAAAUCCCCAAGAUUGAAGUCAUUCUCUGUACUGUACCUGCCAAAAGUGAAGCGAUGCGGAUUGUGGAAAAACUCAUUUGUGAACCUGAUUUUAACUUUUGUUUGAUAUUACUGUACUUGAUAAUAAAUAGUUUUGCUUUAAAAAUGUAACGCUGGAAUGGGAUCUUUUUCUCCCUUGGUUCUUUGUGCUGCUCUCCAGCUCCUAACCUGAGUUAUUUAGAGAGCAUGCUAAGGUAGACUGAGGCAUUAGGCUAAGAGUUUGAUUCGCUGCGGUGGAAGAAGGACAUUAAUGCAGGGAAAUGGUUUCCCUCGAGCGCCGCUUUAGUAGUACAGAAAUCACUAAUGGAUUUGGACGUUGAAGGUAGUGCCUGCAGCAAAAGGGGCCGAAUCACAAGAGUCAGCAAGCUGAAGUCAAAGAGCUCUUCCUGUAUUUUACCACUGUUCAGUGUUCAACGGUUUGAUUAGGCUGUAGAAGCAGCCAGUAAAUCAUAUGCUUAUUGUAGCAGUUCUCACAGGAGUUGUGCUGUAUGUAAGAUGUCGUUUCACAAGUGUGAUUAUUCAACAUAAACAGCAGAGAAACACAUUA